CAGAAAAUCAGUUAUUGAGAGUGAGUCCACGCAAUCGGUUCGCAACGCGCUUGGUGGUCGCCUAGUACACAAAUGUUUGGUGAAAGUCUAAAAAUGCGCGUCGCUAACGCCUGAAAGGCGCUUCGCAAAUUUGCGAACGAACGCGUGUGUUGUAAACGAAGCGUGUGUGUCGUGUAGUGACGAGUGCAUACUUUUGAGCGACAGUGUUAUCAACAAACUAAAAGAGGAAUUAAUGUAAUUAACACAAGUGUAUAAACGACAGCAAAAAAGAUAAACUAAUAUUAAAGUGAAAGAAAAAACACGAAACGAGUGAAAGACGCAAAUCAAAAAUCAGAAACAACAAAAUAACGAAAUAACCAAAUUAACGACCAACAACAACAAGAACAACAAAAACGUGUUGCAAAGGAAAACAUUUGUAUGUGUGUUUGGUGCGCGUAAUGCGGCAACAGAAAGUGAAAUUUCACAAGUGCACACCCACCACCCCCCCCCCCAAACACACGAGCCACACAUACUCGUGAAGUAAAAUAAAAUAAAAUAACUCGAGUGCAUGUAAAUACGGAAUUGUGUAUUUGUGGCGCUUGUUGUUGGCGUAUGCAAGCGGAAAACGAGCGUUAAACAACUGCCUACAACUGCGGUGACUAAAGAAAGCAAGAGGCAAACGAAGAAGAAGCUGCCACAUAAGUACGCAAGCACGUGAGUGCGGUUAGCGCGCGUCAAACGGUAAAUGAGUCCACCGACACACAAAUACACACACUUACAGAAACAACAAGAACAACAUUGGAGCUGGUGAAGUAUCAACCGUAGAAUCUCAAGAAACUCAGUGGUGGAUCAACUGCAACAACAACAACGCAAACAGUUGGCAGUAAUUCACAAAAAAGCAAAUAAUAACAAAGUGAAAGCAGCAGCAAGAACAACAACAACAGAAAACAACAACAACAACAACAAUAACAACAAUAAGAACAACAAGAACAGCAAUCUCACCAACAAGCCCGAUAGCAGCAUCAAUCCCACACGGCUCGUACAUCAUAGCGACGGUAAUUAAAAACUUCAAGUGUAAAUGAAUGAGUUUAAUGAACCCGAAAAAAUAAAGGAUACAGCAAAAACUGCUUUGCGGGCUUUCUUUGGACUUCAAUAAACUACUUGAAUAAUAACGGAAAUGUUGCGCUGUAAUAAGUUGUGAAAAGUGUCAAACAAAAAGGGCAUAAAUCAAACAAGUUUGAAGGAGUGCUGAAAAGAGUACGUAGAAAAAAGUAAAAAAGAAGAAGAAGAAAAAGUGCUACAAAGGCGCAUAAUAAAUACAAUACAAAUAGGAAGUUGUAAUUAAAAAGCAACAAAGGGUCGACAAUAAGCUUUUUGAAAACGUGUAGCAACCGCUAUACACGAGAUUGAGACAAAACGACACAAAAUUUCUAUAAAAUAUUUUCUUUUAAUUCAGAAAAUAAAGUUUGACCGAAAAGAUUAAUUGGAAAUUAAUUAAUUUCGAAAAAAGUAAUAUUUAAAAGGACAUUAUUCAAAACUGUGAUUAAGAGUAUCCAUUUCAAAAAGAAAGAACAACAAAAAACAACGUAUUCGACCCACACAUGUUAAACUAAGCACAAUAGCAAACGUUUCAGCAAAAACGCUCAAAAAGCUCACUUCACAUUAAGCACAUUAGAGGCAGCACUACAAAAUAUAAAACAAACAACAAAAUGCAACAAAUCAAGCCACUCUUGAUCGUAUUCCUUUUCAUGGCGACCCAGUGUCCCAACUCGCGCUCUCAAAAUCUACAUGUUUAUACUUAUAUUACAGAACCGAAUUCACAACUCGAUCCCGAUCCAGAGUUCUUGGGCACCAUAAAUAAUGUGACAUAUCCGGCGGGACGUGAGGCGAUAUUGGCGUGUUCGGUGCGGAAUUUGGGUAAAAAUAAGGUCGGUUGGUUGCGCGCCUCCGAUCAAACUGUGCUUGCACUGCAAGGUCGCGUCGUGACCCACAAUGCCCGAAUAAGUGUCAUACAUGAAGAUGCUCACACUUGGAAAUUGAAGAUUAGCAAAUUGCGCGAAAGUGAUCGCGGCUGCUAUAUGUGCCAAAUAAAUACGAGCCCAAUGAAAAAGCAAAUCGGUUGCAUCGACGUACAAGUUCCACCCGACAUCAUCAACGAGGAAUCGUCGGCCGACAUGGCGGUGCAGGAGGGCGAAGAUGCUACGCUGACCUGCAAGGCGACCGGCAAUCCAAUGCCGCGCGUCAUCUGGCGUCGUGAAGAUGGUGAUAUGAUUUUAAUACGCAAGCCGGGGAGUCGUGAACUCAUGAAAGUGGAAUCCUAUAGCGGCUCGUCUUUGCGGCUGGUGCGCUUGGAACGGCGCCAGAUGGGCGCUUAUUUGUGCAUUGCAUCGAAUGAUGUACCACCGGCAGUUAGUAAACGCGUUUCGCUUAGUGUACAAUUUGCCCCAAUGGUACGCGCCCCCAGUCAAUUGUUAGGCACCCCACUCGGCUCGGAUGUACAACUGGAAUGUCAUGUCGAGGCCUCACCAUCGCCUGUUUCAUAUUGGUUGAAGGGUGCCCGCACGCCCAGCGGUUAUGCGAGCAUAUCAAAUUCGAAUUUGGAGUCGGGACAACCGGGACCAGAAAUGCUAUUGGACGGUCCCAAAUAUGGCAUAACGGAAAAACGUGAUGGCUAUCGUGGCGUGAUGCUGCUGGUCGUGCGCUCAUUCUCACCCUCCGAUGUUGGCACAUACCACUGUGUGAGCACGAAUUCCCUAGGCCGUGCAGAGGGCACUUUAAGGCUCUAUGAAAUCAAAUUACACCCGGGCAUCGCGUCCAUAAAUGACGAUCAUCUCAAUUUCAUAAGUGGCAUCGAGGAAGCGGCGCGAGGCAGCGCUCCAGCUAAUUCAUUGGCCACAAUUCUGAUGUUCCAUUUGUCACUUUAUAUCGCACAUUUGAUGAUUUCAACGUUUCUCACAGCGCAGACGGUUGGACGGCGGGCGUAGUUUAUGUGCAAAUUGAGAGACUAAUGCAUUUAUUUACUAUAUAUUUAUAUAUAGAUAUAUAUAUGUAUACAUAUUUACUUAGCAUGUUUGCUUGAUUAUUUGUUCGUUAGUUGGUUUAAAUAUGUUAAUAUAAUUAAGGAGAAACUGAUAUCAGGAGUUUACAUCAAAAUUCUGAACUUUAAUCUUCGGAGUUCUCAGUAAACUCAUUUAACCGUCAGUUAAGAUUUCAGCACAGGAGCUUAAGAUUUCAAAUUGUUAUGUCUAACCAUGUUAGGAAAUCCUUAUUGAAAAAUAAAAUUUAACUCAACAGUUUAUCAGUAACUGGAGUAUGAAAUUCUCAAUAGUGUAGUAAAAUACAUUAAGAACCAUUCAGUAUUUAAAAAAAAACAGGAUAUUAUAAAUUCUUAUUUCCCAUAAACGUUUUGGAAAACUAUAUUUCACAAUGAAAACAGUUUUUCAAUAGAUGGUUGGUAACAUUGUCUAUAAAAUAAUAACGUCACUGUGAUUCUCAACAAUUUCUCAAUAGUUUCUCAACAGCUAGUUAAUAGCUUCCUCAAUCCAAAAAGUGUGUUUUCUACAAAAAAGUUCAAUUAGCUAUUAAAGGCUUACAGAAAGUGAAAGCGUAAUUUCUCAACAGUUUCUCAAUAGCUCCUAACAACUAAGAAAUAGUUUGCUCAAUCGAAAAAGUUAUUUUUCUACAAAAUAGAACAAAUUGCUAUUAAAAGCUUACUGAAAGUGCAAGCUUAAGUUCUCAACAGUUUCUCAAUAGUUAGACAAAAGUAUUCUCAACAAAAAAAAAAUUCUUUUAUCAAAAAUAUUUUAAUUAAAUAUAUUUUCGUGUAUAUUCUUUACCACAGCAGCUAUAAAAUUCGAUUUCUAUAUUAUUUCUAUAAAAAUUUCGGAAAUUCGGAAACUAUUUUCAAAAACUAAUUUCUUGCGGCUAGAAAAAGAAACGGGGAAAAACUUCGUAAACUUGUAAAAUGUAUCUAAAAACAAUAAUUACGGCAAAAACAUGUUAUUUAUGAUUUACCUAAAGUUAGCUAAACAAUAACAACAACCCAAAAAUAAUGGAUGGAAUUGCAUUUUUAGAAAUGUAAACACAGAAGCCAAUAAAUAAAGCAAAGACAUGUAAAGCGAAAACAAAAACUAAUAAGAAAUAGUAAGUAAGAGUAAGAUAACUAAAAGAAGAAGAAAAUAAAAGAGAAGAAGAAGGAAAUUUAAAACCAAAACGUAUCAAAAAAAUUCUUAACGUAAGCAAAAACAAAAACAUAUCUACAUAAGUACAUAUGUAU